CGUUCAGUGAACGGUCUCACUGCAGGAACAAAACAAAACUCAGAAAAAACCAUAGUAUUUAAACGAUUCUUUAAGAACAAGUGAUAUUACAUUCCCACAAUUAACUGCCAAAAAUUCUGUAUAGCAGCACAAUUUACAGAUCCUAAACUUCAAAGCUGAAAAUAUGGGUGAUAACCAGAUAUGCGACAUAAGCAACGAAGUUCUGGAGGAAUUGAAGAAGUUCCGAUUCAGCAAGAGCAAAAAUAAUGCUGCUUUGAUAUUGAAAGUCGACCGGGAGAAGCAAUCGGUGGUACUGGAUGAUUUUAUCGACGAUAUCUCAGUAGACGAACUGCAGGACACAUUGCCAGGACAUCAGCCCCGAUACAUCAUCUAUACGUAUAAGAUGGUGCAUGACGAUCAGCGUAUUUCGUACCCAAUGUGCUUUAUAUUCUAUACACCAAGGGAUAGUCAGAUUGAAUUGCAGAUGAUGUACGCCUGCACAAAGAGCGCCCUUCAGCGCGAAGUGGAUCUCACACGCGUCUACGAAAUACGCGAACUGGACGAACUCACCGAGGAGUGGCUUAAAGCCAAGCUCAAGUAGAGAUGUUUUAAUCUCUGGGAUCAAUCAAUCCGGGCCGUUGUCAAAAGCAAUAUUUUAUAAUAGUUCUCUGAUUGAUUUUUGAGAUUUUUAUAUACAUAUUCAAACUGGAUCAAGCCGAUACCAACGAUGCAUACCAAUACCAAACAAACAAAUAUUGAAAUACUACAACUUUUACCUACAGAAAAAACAAAUCAAGCUUAGUUUAUACAACAAUGACAUUUUUAUAUCGACGAUCGCAGGCGACAAGUAUGCGCAAGGAGUUUUAGUGAUUUUAGUUCUUGCAUUUAAGUAAUAAUCUUUAUAGAAGCUGUGCUUGCCAAAUUUCUACAUGUAUUUAUUGUAAAGAUAUUAAAGCAAACAUGACAAAAAGUA